AUGUUUAUUCUGAGCCCAUCAACUAAAAGAACUUUGAAAACUUUGACUUUAGCUGAAAAAGUUACUGUGAUUAGAGAAGUUCAAAAAGGGACGAAGAGAAAGUCGGAAAUUGCUGCUGAUCUAAAAAACAAGGAUAAAAUUAUUCAAGAUUAUUCGAGUUCUCAGACGAAUCAGAGUAGAAAAAGAUGCCGGGAGGUAACGAAUAAGGAAUUAGAUGGAUGUGUAACGAAGUGGUUUAAACAAGCUCGCGAUAAGAAGAUCCCCGUCAGUGGCCCGAUACUUCAGGCGAAAGCUCAAGAGUUCGCUAGCAGUUUGGAUUGUUCUAACUUCAAGGCCGCUUUUAAGGGAGAAGAAUGUAGCAGUGGCAAGCCAAGUAAAGUUCGCAUCACCGUUCUUGUUGGAGCUAAUUCUUAUGGCACUGAGAAGCUUCCGUUUCUAACGAUUGGGAAAUCUGCCAAUCCCCGAUGUUUUAAGAAUGUUAAAACGAAGCCAUGCGAGUAUGAGUCUAAGAAUAAGGCAUGGAUGACUCAUGAUAUUUUUGAGAAGUGGCUCCUCAAGUUAGAUAGCAAGUUUGCCAGAAAGAAAAGGAAAGUUCUACUUUUUAUCGAUAAUUGCAGUGCCCAUGGCUUAAUCCCAGAACUACGAAAUAUCGACGUAGUAUUUCUGCCGCCAAACACGACGUCUGUUCUCCAGCCAAUGGACCAGGGGAUCAUCAAUUCUUUCAAGAAUCAUUAUCGGUCCAUUUUAGUGCGCGACGUCUUGAAUGGAAAUGCAACAUCGAGAUUUCCUGUUGCAAAAGAGAGCGUCGUCAUUGCCGAAGAAAGCCUACUUGACGAACGAAACUCGAUGAAGAAGAAGAAGAAUAUCAAGAGCUCCUUCAGUAGUCCUAACCCCCAGUAA